CCUUUGGUUAAUCAUUAUUUAUCUAGGAACUAAUCAACACAAAAGAACUUAGAUGUAUAGGUGUGUCAACUAGCAUGUUACCUGUUGCUAUUUACAUUUUUCAGAUUUAUCAUAAACAUAGGCUGCUUUUAUUUAUAACAAAAGAAAAGUGCAUGAUGCAAUCCAGGCCUACAUAUGCCGCUGUGGUAUGGUCAUCAUACAGAGAGAAGUAUAUAAAAAUAAUAGAGGAUUCAAAUACUGAAGUCAGAUUGAUGCCUUGUCUAGCACAAUAAUUAUAUAGUGCAUGAGGAGAGGUUGGUGAAAUUUAACAUUGGUUAGCAGAUUAGAAAUAAGAACAGACCAGUAUGCUAGUGUGUUGCAUGGCAAGCUUGAUGGGUUGUAUGAUUUGGCUGGGAUGUGGCAGAUGGACCUCAAUGCCAGGAAGUGUAGUAUGAAGCUCAAUGUCAGGAAGAGUAUGCGAGUGUAGAAAGAAAUAACCCCCUACAAAAAUACUCUGACACUACCCUUAGCAAGUCUACUUGUGAGAGAGACAUAAAUUUUGUGAGCUCUGUGAGUUUUGUGAGUCCAACGAACCACUGCAAUUAUUCAAAAAAUUGCUCAUAUAUAAUCACAUCACAUCUAUCAGCCUGCCCUGAAGUCUGCUCUUCUGAACUCAAUCAUGGUAGAGGCUGUGCUGUCCUCACUCCUGCCAGUAUACUGCCCGUGCCUGCCUCGAUCCUCCCAGCCUUCCUUCUUCCAAGAGAGGCAGUGGCUGAAUGGUUAGUGUGCAGGUCCUGCUUUCACCAAGUUCUGGACAAUGCGGGUUCAAAUCUUCUGCUACCACCUGGGAUUUUUCAGUCAUUGCCAAGUGACAUAAGGCUACCCACGUGCUGUCCUGAAGAUCACCUAUCAACCCCAACUCUAGAGGAACUGUCCAAGUGAAUCAAGAAUGAGCUCCGGCGGGCAGCAUGAGCCAAGAAGAAAUGGUGCUGCUAUAAACACUUCCCUGCGCCAUGACGGGCUUGGGUCAACCACCAGGCCCCUGAAGAAAGCCUACCAGCGCUAUAGGCCAGAUAGUGGGGGAGCCUACGUGCAAAUAUCAGCUCCCGUAGAAUAUGCUUGUUAAUUUUUGGCAACCAUUAUAAAUGUAUUGUAGGGACUAUAAAAAAGCGAAAAAAUGAUGUUGCCAACGUUUUAGUUGUUUCAAAUGACCUUGAGGGCAGUUGAAACUUUAAAGGUGAUGUACUCCAAAACUGGAUCACUGUGAGUGUGUUUGAGGGCAUGAAGGGGAUAUGAAUGUUACACUACAUGUUCUUAUGCUGAAGUCUUUUCUAUGCAUGCAUUACGAUGCCUUACAGCACUUAUGGUAGCCAUUUUGAGCAGCAUUAUGUAUCAGCCAUGGUUGUGUUUAAGGAAAGAAAGGAAGUAAGCAAUCCACUCUUUAAAUUUGUGAUGGGCUACAUGCAUAUGAUUUCACUCAUAUACACAUUCAUCCGAGCAACUCGUGAUGGAAUUUGGGAGCUUCAUCUAUUCUAGAAACGCUUCCCAAACAGGACUUACAUGAAUAUGAUCAGCAGCCACAGGAAAUCACCAUGGAUGAGGUUGUUCAGCCAGUCAGAAAGGUAACUGUGAUAGAUGGCAUGGCUCUGGUCCAAGCUCUGGGUAAACCAGCAUGGAUCAAAACUUGUGCCCAGUGGGCUGAAUACUUCAACACAGCUUUGGAUAAAAUGAGUGGACAAUUUGAGGAAGUUCACCUUGUGUUUGACCGAUAUGAUCUCCCAAUAUCACUGAAGGAAUCUACAAGAGAAAGACGCCAGGGUAGCAAGCCAGCCAUUACCUAUCAUGUUGAGGACCAAACACCAGUAGGAAAGGUAUCUACAAAGCAGUUUCUGUCCAGCACUGCAACAAAGGAUGAACUCACAGUCUAUUUAGCACAUAAAGCAGUUAUGCAUUUUGAAGGGAAGUCCACAGUGUUUAUUGCCACCUCAAGACAGGAUGUAUACUCAAACAGCAUUGAUGUUAAGGACAUCCAGAGCUCUCAAGAAGAGGCAGACACAAAGAUUAUCCUGCACUGCCUAAAUGCUGUAAAGAGAGGUGCAACACAACUUUACAUCCAAUCACCUGACACUGAUGUGUUUAUCAUUGCAAUUUAUUAUUAUCAACAGUUUUGCAAGGACACCUAUUUUGUCACAGGAAUUGGACAUAAAAAGCGCACAAUCCAGUUGGCACCAAUAGUAAACAUACUUGGUGUGGCAAGAGUUGAAGCUUUGCCUGGUUUCCAUGCUCUGACUGGUGCUGACCAAACAGGCAGAUUUGCAGGCAAGGGUAAGCUAUCUUGUUGGCAAGCCCUGAACAGGUGUCCUCCACGAGUAUUGUCUGCAUUUGCUGCCCUUGGAGCCUCAAACAACCUUUCAGCUGAGACAGAGAGUGCCAUGGAGUUGUUUGUAUGUCAGCUUUAUCAACCUGGGACAGCAACAACAACAGUCAGGGAUCUGAGGUGGAGACUGUUCAGCAGAAAACAGCUCGAAGCUCAGAAGCUACCACCAACAAAGGGUGUUUUGCAUGAAGCUGUGUGCCGUGCCCAGUUCCAAGCCAUGGUGUGGCAUCAGGCUCAUGUUCCUAACCCCAAGUUACCAAGUGCAACUGAUUAUGGGUGGAGAGCUGAAGGAAGUAAACUAGUGCCCAUAACAACGAAGAUUCCACCCGCCCCAGCAGCAGUUAGCAAUCUGAUAAAAUGUGGAUGCAAAAAGACAAAUUGCAGGACUCAUUGCACUUGCAGAUCUCAGGGCCUCAACUGCUCAAAAAUGUGUAACUGUGGAGCAGAUGAGGACGUGUGUAGCAACACUGAACAGGAAAAACCGCUUGCCAUUGAUGAUGAUGAGGAGGAGGAUGAAAUAAGUGAUCUUUUGAUAUAG